ACAGAAUCCAGAGAGAGACGCCAUUGGAGAACGUUCGGAAGCCACAGCUAUAUUACACCAAACCCUUAACCCUCUUCUCCUGCUUGUUGAAUCCUUGCUCCAUCUAUCUAACUCUAAUUCAUCAUCAUCAAUGGCGUUGUUCAGGAAACCCCUAGCGCAGCGCCUUUUGGGGCUGUCAAGGAUCAACAAUCCUUCAUCCAUAACCACUUGCCGCACUUCCUUGCCGCGCAAGGCGGUGAUGCUCAACCACGAACCCGCGCCGAACAAACUCGCUCCAGAUCGAGGAGACGACGGCGUAUUCCGUCGAUACCUGCACCGCCGCUCCGCGCCGGCGGGGCUAGGGCUCCUUCCCCCCGGCGACACGCUUCUCGAGAAGCUUCGCGAUUUGAAUAUCUCCAAGGACAGGAUUAGGCUGGAAGGACUGAUUCCGCCGUCGGUGGAGUCGCCGGAGGCGACGGUGACGGUCGAGGACGCGAAGAAGAUCCUCCGAUUGACUUUAAUGGAGAAGGUGAAGUCUCGUCUGAGUCAGAUUGAGAAGGAUUGCGUUUCGUAUCCGGAUUUUCUGGAGAUUAUUACUGCGGAAUGCUUGGAUUGGGAUCUAGGUCUGGAAUUCGCGAAGAUUCUAGAUGAAUCAGGAAGCGUGAUUGUUCUAGGCAACAUCGUGCACCUCAGGCCACAGAAGGUAGUGAAAGCCGUCGAAAAACAUAUCUCAACGACGCCCAUAUCCCCGAAAGAUCCGAGAAUGAAGGAGCUUCAAGAACUGGAGAAACAGAUGGCGGCCAUUGACAAAAAAGCAUCGACACUUGUGAAACGAGAGCUCUGGUGCGGAUUAGCUUAUCUACUGAUCCAAACCGGGGCUUUCAUGAGGCUAACAUUCUGGGAGCUGACGUGGGACGUGAUGGAGCCCAUUUGUUUCUACGUCACGUCGGGUUAUUUCUUGGCAGGCUACGCGUUCUUCCUGAGGACGUCAAAAGAGCCGUCGUUCGAGGGGUUUUACCAGAGCAGGCUUAAGGCGAAGCAGAAGCGACUGAUCGAGAAAAUGAAGUUCGAUGUCGAGAGGUACGAGGAACUGAAGAAUUGUUGCUAUCCUUCUUCACAGAGGCCAUUUGAAGGUACCUUCACUCUCUCUAACUUGAGCUCAUAGCAAUUUGCUGCACAGUUGGAAGGAAGGAUUGAACUUUUUUUUUUUUAAAAAAAAAAAUGUGAAAAGAUGCACAGACAGAUUUGAAAUGAACAUAAACAGAUGGUUAGGAUAGUUGAAUGAAAUAUAUUGUCAUUUUGAAGAUGAUGAUGGUUGUGCUGCAAUGAACCAGUGUAUCCAUUUUGUUUUUAAUCAUGGAAGGUUAAAUAAUCA